AUGGGUUGGACAGACCGGCUUCGGCCAUCCAAAGAGUCCGCCGUGACCACCGUGUACGCGCAGAGCAGCGAGACCAGCCCCAAUGCCUCGUCCCUCGACCAGCCCAGCGUCAUCUACGACGGCGAGCUGACGUACAACCGCGUCCAGGCCGGCAACGGCUCCGGCGUGGCGUACCAGGAGGCGGCCGGCGCCCCGGUGGAGAGCAGCUCGCCGCUCGGCUACGAGGUCGGCUGGGUGACGAUUCUCUUUCUCAACAUCAACCAGAUGAUUGGCACCGGCAUCUUUUCUACCCCGGGAAGCAUCCUCAAGUCGACGGGCUCCAUCGGCCUCGCGCUCAUGUACUGGGCCAUUGGCGCACUCAUGGCCGUCGCCGGCUUCGGCACGUACCUCGAGCUCGCCAGCUACUUUCCCAAUCGCAGCGGCUCCGAGGUGGUCUACCUCGAGCAGGCGUACCCGCGACCGAAAUACCUCUUCCCCAUCGUCUUUGCGGUGCAGUCCGUCAUCCUCUCCUUUAGCAGCAGCAACGCCGUCGUGCUGUCGCGGUACGUCUGGCGCAUCGCCGGCAAAGUCCCGAGCGACUGGGAGAUGAAGGGCGUCGCCAUUGCGGCUUAUACGGCCGCCGUCAUCUACUCGGCAGGCGUCGUCGUGCAUAACCGAUACUCUCUCUGGGCCGUGAACCUGCUUGGCGCUUUCAAAAUCGCCACGCUCGUCUUCAUCAGCAUCACCGGCUUCGUCGUCCUCGGCGGAGGCGUCAGCCGCAUCACCGACCCGGGCGUCAACUUCAACAAUGCCUUUGCCGGCACCACGAGCAACGGCAACGACCUCUCGAGCGCGCUCGUGAGCAUCGUCUUCUCCUACAGCGGCUACCAAAACGCCUUCAACGUGGUCAACGAGAUCAAGGACCCCGUGCGGACCAUCAAGAAGCACGGCCUCAUCUCCGUCGCCAUCGUCUCCGUGCUGUACAUGCUCUGCAACGUGGCCUACUUUGCCGCCGUGGACAAGCAGUCCUUUAGCCAGUCCAAGGAGAUUGCCGCCGCCGUCUUCUUUACCCAGGUCUUUGGCUCGGGCGCGGCCGAGACGGUGCUCAACGUGCUGGUGCUGCUCAGCGCGUACGGCAACCUACUGGCCGUCCUGAUUGGCCAGUCGCGCAUGAUUCGCGAGAUUGGACGGCAGGGCGUUCUGCCGGGCACCCAGUUCUGGGUGUCGACGAAGCCGUUUGGCACGCCACUUGGACCGUACGCGCUGAAAUGGGCCAUGACGAUUCUCAUGAUUGUGGCGCCCCCGGCUGGUGAUGCGUUCCAGUUUGUGGUCAAUCUGCAGACCUACCCCAUGUUCAUCCUGGCCAUGGUGAUUGGCGUAUUCAUCCUCCGCCGCCGCCGCACCAAGAGCAAUAUUCCCAGAUCGCAAUUCCGAGUCUGGGAUGUCUUGCUCGUCUUCUUCACCCUCAUUCAGGUGUUUGUUCUGGUCAUGCCAUGGUGGCCUCCCAAGGGCGGUCCGUAUGCCGGCGACGUCAGCUUCUGGUAUGCCACAUACUGUGUCGUUGGCAUCGGCAUCAUGGUGAUAUGCGGACUGUACUACAUCGCCUGGAUGUACGUGCUGCCCAAGUGGCUAGGGUACAGCGUCCGCGCCGAGAUUGUGACGGCAGAAGACGAGACGACGGCCACGCACAGACUCGUCAAGGUACCUCUUGCCGAAGUGGCACAGUGGGAUGCUGAGCACACCGAGUCGGGCGAGCUGCGGCGGAGAGGCACCACGACGGACUCUGACAGUGUGAGGGAGCAGAAAACUUGA